GCUUGAUUACCUGCACUGCAUAUCAGCACUCACUUAACUUACUGUCCGGUUUAUUGCUUCAUAUAAAGUUCCUCUCCAUCGCAAACACACAAAGUACUUUAAGUACCAAUCACACCACCACAAUGACCGACCCUAUCCUCCAAAUCCCCGAGGUCAUCCAGACGGCCUCCAUCAACCGAAACCCCUCGCCCGACCACGACGUCAACCCGCCGACCGCAGCCUCCGAAAAGCAGCCCGUGGCUGAAGAUGCUCUCUCCGAAGCUGGCAGCAUCCCCUCCGAUAUCGUCGACCCUCGUCAUAUGGUCAGACCGGCCACCCGGCGCCAUAAUUUUCCCCCACUGCCCGACCUGCGCUUCGAACAGAGCUAUCUUGCCAGCUUGCGUGGCGCCGAUACCUGGGGACGAGUUGCGUGGAUCACCAUCAGAGACCAGGUCCUCCUUCCUCUGAUGCAGGGUACGCUCUGGACGCUGGCCCUCUCCGGCUGGCGCUUCUGGAACCGCAACGCCUCCCUCAGCGGACAGACUCUGGGCAGCAGAAUCCGUCGAUGGUGGUACGAGGUCAACAACUGGAAGCUCCCUCCUCUGGGCUCGGCCAGAGAUCCCCGGGUUGCCGCCAAGGUAGAUGACUUCUACACGGCCCAGUUCUCUAAUGCCGUCUGAAUGCUUUGGACACUUUUUGACUGCGACCAAGUUGUCUGAAGACUGCGUUUGUUCAUUGAGAGGGGUCUUUUUUUCUUGCAUUUCGGGUGUUUAGCGUACGGCGUUUGAAUGUUAUUAGGAAGCGGUGGAUUCAUGAGCAUACCCUUUCCCCCCCCCCCCCUUCUUUU